AUGUUGAAUCAGCAAUUAAACUCAAACAAUAUUACAAACCAACAACAAGAAAAUUCAUCAAAUGUUAAUAUAUUCUUUGAUAUAAUCAGGAGAUUUAAUUCAUUUCUGGACUAUUCAUUUUCAUGGCCAAUGAGAAUAUUACAAAAUGUUGUGGAUAAUAUUUAUAGCUUAGCUGUUAAUCAUACAGCCACGUUUUCAUGUUUUACGUGUAUGGCUAUAACUACGACAGUGUCUGUUACAAGUAUUGCAGUUGGAGUUGGUGUUGGUACUGGUAUAGGUUGUUUACCAUCAGAUACUAUUAGUUCAAAUUCUACGAGUAGUUGA